AACAACUUUACUAAAACCGGCAUAGAGGUCGAUUGGUUAACGUAGUUGUUGUUUUUAUCGUCUUUUGCUGUCUGGCAAUCAGCUUAUCAAUCAAAAGGGAGCAGUUAAUCGAAAGAAGUAUGGCUCAUCUCAAGGAAGACAGGAUAGAUUUUACUAAGCUUGAGAAGGAGUUGACUGCAGCCAUAGAUGCAGAUGCUUCUUACUGGAGAGUGAACGGUGCUAAGAUAAGGGCCAUGGAACAACGUGUGGAGACUUACGACCAAUUCAGGGAUUUGGUGGCAGCAGCUCACAUCAAGCCUCUAGAGAAGAAGGAUAAGAUCAGUCAAAGCAAACGUCAUCAACCUUGGAAUCCUUUCUCAUCAUCCAACUCAACAACAUCAUCAUCGACAUCCCCUCAGGAAACAGGAGAUCAGGUGCAGUCAAGUAUUACCAAGGUGAAGAUCCCAAAGAAUGGGCAUGAAUUCACAAAGGAAUGGCGGAACCGGAAAAAAACUUCAGGAAGUUGCUAUUCCUACAUGUUGGACCUAGGCGGAGACACACUAGCCAAAAUAUUUCGAGCAGAGAUAAGUUUUGGUCUGCUGGGCGAGAUUAUCACAACACUGAACGACCAUGCAGAAGAGAAGCAUUGUGGGAAGAUAGCGGACAUUUUGGUGUGUCUGACACGAGCCGGAAGGUUCGGUCUCUCCUUAGAUUUUCUGAAUAAAUCUGAGAAGCAAGCUUUGUCGGAGUUGAUGGGGAAGUUAGAACAAUGGAGACAAGCUGUUGAUAGGACUGAAGAAGAUAGUGUGGCAGCAGAGGAGAAUGAAGAAGGAACAAAAACAGAGGAUUGUAAGAAGGAGAGGUUAGAAGGUGAUAAAAGAGAAGAGGGUGAACAAGAGGAAGGAACUGAAGGGAUAGCUCAGGAGAGUUGUGCUCAGUUUUUUUUAGAGGAUAUUGUAAAGUUAAAAGAACUAUACAAGCUUUCAGAAAAAUGAUGUUAUUUUGUGACGCUUGACAUUCCAAGUACACUCUGAGCAAUGUAGUGGAUUUAAUUCUGAGAGUCAUGGAUAUGUUCCUUAAAGCUGGACAGUUUUACUGAUCAAAAAUUUGAUAAAAAAUAUUUCCACUAUGGAUUAACAUACAUGAAAUGAUGAAAGCGACUGUUCAAGAUGACAUUUUCCAAGUGCGUUGUAUCAUAGUCCGCAUACACCAGACUUGGUGGAAUUACCAAUUACAAUGUGUUCAAAUCUCACAUGCAGUGAAACUCGUGUCCCAUCUGGAACUUACUGCAAGAGUCUGGAAAAUGUUGGUCAUUGUUCGGAUGUUGAUGUUAUGAUUAUUUUGUAUACAGGGUACUGUAAACGCGGUUAUUAAUUCCUUGCGCUGAGCGACCCCAAAACAUAUUCGCGGAUUCUUAAAUUCGCGUUGCACACUUCACUCCACUGUUUUCAUUUCUAUUGGUGCACGCAUAAGAAAGCAUGCUUACAUUUUUGCGAGUUCUAAAAUUUGCACUUGCCGAUCUUAGUGCAAAAUCCGCAAAAAAUUCUACUUUUACAGUAGUUCUUUUGAAGUUGAUGGAGGGUACAUGCAUUACAUCAUGCAGGCUUGUCAGUCUUAAAUGUGGAGUUCACUCUCAAUUAUUGAUAAUAACUGUUAUCAGGUCACUAGUAAAAUGCUGUUAAAUUCCUAUCGAGAACCUAGCGACUAUAGGCCCAUCUACACUACCAUAUACACUAAUGGACAAACCUAUUAAAAAACGUCAUUGUUUUUUUGUGAGUAGUGGGCAUGAGUGACUUUUUUGUUGCUCCGCAUACGAUUGCACAGAAAGGAGAGGAGUUGUGUGAACAAAAACCAGAAUGAUUUGAUUUACUGAUGUUUAAAAAUCAGGCAUUUAAACUGCAAAAAUUAAGUAAAAUAUCUCUGCCGUUCAUCGUGUUUGCUGGUAGUUGUUAAUCACUGGAAUGUGAGAAAAAUGCUGGCAGUGAAAAUGCAGGUUGAGUGUCUAGCUUUACCAAAUUUUCAUUAAUGGUCUUAUGAAUAUAUCUUCUGGAAAUAUAUAUCCAUGGAAAAUUGGAGAUACCUUAAACCUGUUCAGUCCUAUGCACUAUAAUAUUUAUCAUUUAUUAAAGAGGAUAAUGUGCCAGAUCAAGAUACGAUUGGACGGUACUUAUGGAUUUGGGAGAAUGCGGCGGUGGAUGUAGUAAUAAUCAUUUUUGUAAAAUUAAUUCUACUUCCAUUGUUCUGAAAUCCGUCCUCAAUUGUUAUUAAUAGUAUUCUUAGUACUGUUUUCUGUAUAUGAAUGAUGUUUUAUUGGUAAACAUUGUUGUUUUAAUAAAAGUUUUUCACCUUGCGAGUUUUUUUUUAAUUUGAAACAUUAUUUCUACUUGUCUAUUUCAAAUAAAGGUGAAUGCUAUAUUUUGAAUAAC